CCAGCUGUCCUCUCCAGGUGGGCUCAGUUUGCCAGAGUUUCAGUGGAAGCAUUAACUGAGGUCUUUGACCCUUGUCUUUCAUUUGGAAAAGUCAGUUGUGUGUGUGUGUGUUUUUUUUUUUUACAUUUUAUCAUUACUUGGUGUGCCUAACACCUCCUGAGGCUGAUAAUGAAGGUGCUUGCAGGUCAUCCAGCCUUCAUUGUGCUGCUCCUUUCUUUUCUCUGUGGAGCUGUUGUUGCCAUCCGAACACUAAAAGAAGGUCCUAUGAUUGAUGCAGACGGACGGGAAUAUAAAACUGCUUCUUUGAUAGAGGACAGCAGCCCAAAAGCGAGCGAUAGUGUCCGUGUGCAGUGCACAGAGGUGUCCAUGAUUGUCUACAUACAAGCAGAUUUCUACAGAACUGGACGUCUUGUGUCUCCAAGAGAACUGUUUUUGGGGGGUGCAGAGCAUAAGCAGGACAGUCGGUGUCAGGCUGUUGCUUCGGGACACAAUGAGUACGUAAUUGAAGCUGGCCUGCGGGACUGUGGCUUCAAGUUGACUAUAUCAGAUGAUGAUGUGAUCUACUCAAACAAGCUCAUUUUCUCACCAGCGACUAGUCACCACACAAUUACAAGAAUGACUGAUGCUAUAGUGCCUGUUUCCUGCCAUUAUAAAAGAACACACACUGUAAGCAGCAGUAGUACUGAGCAGGCGCCCAUGACAUUCUCCCAGUCAGCAAAGUUCUCAACCAAGAACUCGGAUUUCUCCUUAAAGCUGAUGGCUGAUGACUGGUUAACUGAGAUGUUGACCAGCAAGUUUCAUCUUGGAGACCUUCUGCGCUUUGAGGCAAAGUAUAUGGGUCCAGAACCCAGGCAGCUCUUUGUCGACAGCUGCGUAGCCACUCUGACACCUGAUACAACAUCAGUGCCCAGAUACUACUUCAUUGAAAACCAUGGGUGCUUCACUGACUCAAAAGGGGGGUCAGGUGCCUCGUUCCUACCCAGGUCGAGAGCCAAUUUGCUUCAGUUCCAAAUUGAUGCCUUCCUGUUUCGCAAUGAUCUAAGAAAUACUAUCUACAUCACUUGCAACUUGAAGGCUACCCCACAAAUGAGGAGCACUUUGACUGACAAGGCCUGCAACUAUGUGCAUUCGAGCUGGAGGAGUGUGGAUGAGAACAAUAGCAUUUGUUGGUGCUGUGAUAGUAUCUGCUACCAAAAUUUUCACAGAGAUGACGUUCUUUGUGACACAGUCACUCUUGGUCCCCUGAGAAUUCUCUCGAACAAGUGAAAAAGAGCAAGUGGCAGGCUGUCUACCAGAGGAUCUUGGGUUAACUUUUGCAAAAAUAAAUCAAAUUUAAAGAA